AUGUCCAAUCGAGUUUGCGGAGGGCGUAGCCGCCAGUUUUCCGUAGAGCCUGAGCCCAAAGCCGAUAAACUUGGAGGCAAAAGCGGAACUUCUCGGCAGGGCCGACAGCAUAAGCAUGCUGGAGCAAGCCAGGCGCGGGGGAAGGCCGGAGACCCGAAACAAUGUCGAGCCUUCCCUCUCGGUUGCCCUAUGCGGUGGAGUCCUGACGGCGGUCGACUUCUUGCCUCUCCGACCACGGAGCGAAGCUGGAGUGCAUGUCCGUCAGAUCUCCUUGCUUCCUGCCUUCAACAGCUCAACUUGCCAGGCUGUCUCCACCUCCUCCGCCACCAUGGAGCAGACCCCUUCCGCCAGCCCAGGCACUACUCGGACGAGGCGGCGCGUUCCCUAUUCCGAAAUCUUCCUGGAAUUUUCCACGACCCCGCUGAGAGCGGCUAUCCGGAUGUAAACGGACAUACGUUUCGUCAUCAGGCACUCCCGUCAACGAUCCAGGUGGCAUCCCGCCUUUCGGGUCUUCUUCGAUCUCCUGCAUGCGGAGGCGCUGCAAACCGCUCUCAAGGGGUUUACUUCUUCGGACGAGCUUCGAGAGACAACUCGUUUUUUCCGCCUUCUUCCUCCGGCCCAGGCGAGGCUUCUCUCUUCAGAUGCCUUUACACCUGGGGAGCAGCAUCGUCGCAUCAGCUUGGCUACCUUUUGUUUUCUUCUGGCGCUGAGAAGCGUACACAUCCCCCCCGGCCUGUACAUUUCGCGGCCUCUGACGACGCGGCUGCCUUAUUGGCGUCGCCGAAUCAUCCUCCGUCAGCAUCAACACUCUUGAGUACAGCAGGGUGCCCUUCGCCGCAGUCAGGAUAUACAUUGUCUCCGUCGUCCUCCUCUGUUCUUCUUCCAGCAGCUGCGUCCUGCCGCUUUCCAGCUUCCGGCUCACCUGUCUGUACUUCGUGCAGGGCCAGGGCACGCAACGAGGCUAGCACCCUCCGCGUGCAAAUGGUGCGCUGCGGACCGUCCAUCAGCCUUGCAUCGACAGUCGAUGGCGAAGUGUGGGUUUGGGGGAAGGGGGCCGACGGGGGAAAUCGAAUCCUGUCGGAACCGACGCUGCUCCGCGGGCUAGACGAUCCGCGGGAUGCUGUUCGAGUCGCCCCUCAGCGAGGAUUUCUUCCGGCUCAGUAUGGGGCGGGCGACCCCCAGGACGCGCCGCUCGCGUCUUCAAGGGUCCCCCCUCGUGGUGGCGGCGAAUUGCUGACCUGCGACCGAUGUGGCUGCAUUCUUUUGGAUAACGCGUCACGCAAACGUUUUCGCGGGAGAAUCGUCAGAGGCGCUGCCGUGGGAGCGUCUCACUGCCUCCUCCUCGUUGAUGUCCCCGUGGUGGAGCGCCCUGGCCCAAGCCCGGAAGAGGCACUUGUCUCCUGCGGCCGUUCGCGGCGCUUGGCCCCCAAGGGAGAGGCCUCCGCCUGUGGUGACGCAUCGACCGACUCUGAGGCGUGCACGUCAGCUGCGGGAGUGAAGGACGCACCGAGACGCCGCACCCAUCGGCGAUCGUUCCGUCGAAAGCCGAACUUGGGCGCCGCGCAGAAGGUACGGGCUGAAGGCGAGAUUUUGUCUCCCGAGCUGUUGCCUGUGUCGUUUGCCGCUCUGCGCGGAAGCGACAAGGACUCAGCUUUGAGUUCUGAGGACGGCGACGCGGAGGAGGUGUCUGUGCUUUCCACGCGACACAAGGAGACGACCGUCCUUGAGGGCCCCUGGAUCUACAGGACGGAACGCCGGCUGUAUGUGUGGGGCAGCAACGCGAGAAGUCAGUUGGGUUUUUCGUGCUCGCAGCACAAGUCCGCGCGCAGCCCAGCCGACGGCGCAAGCGGCGUUAGCGCAGCCGCAGGUGAGGACGGGGGCCUCCCGACUUCCGCGUCGUCACCGGCGUCCGAGGAGUCCGACUGCUCGUCCUGCAGGUCUCGCUCCCCCGUGGGGCGGAAGCGCAGCCUGCCCGCUAGAGCGGGGUGCGACGCCGCCUCAGAGCAGGCGCCGGGCGACCGCCCUCGUGGCAAGCGAGUUCUUCAGGCGCGCCCCCCUGUGGAGAACUCGGCAGAGCGAGCAAGGCAGGGAGCGGCCUCAACAGACGCCGAGAAGUAUUCCACGUUCCGCCCCAUCUUGCUGUGUCGCUGGAAGUCGCCGCCUUCUUCGGAGCCGGUGCCGCCGGCGGCGUUCGCGUCCGAGGCAUCUGCGGGAGGCCUGGCGGCGCAGUCUCUUUCUUCGGGGGCCGGCGGGGACAUGGGAGAUGCCAGGGACGCAGAAGAGCGCGGGAGCCUAGGCCGUCGCCAGACCCUUGCCGCAUCUCCCACUGUGGCAUUCUCAAAGCGAGCUGCAUCGCUCGCGGGCCCCGGGCCUCUCUUUUACACCCCCCGCAGAGUUGAGUUCGUCGCUGCGGGCUUUACGCACUCUCUUCUCCUCCUCGAUAACGGUUGUGUGUGCGUCUUCGGAGACAAUACGUUUGGCCAGUGCGCCCAGCCGCCGUCCGUGGAGAGAGUCUCUCUGCCACUUCUGCUCAGCCAGCUGCCGCCCGUCGUGGCGAUCGCGGCCGGCCAGAAUACGAAUGCGGUCGUCUCGAGCUCCCCGCAGAAGGUGUUUGUGUGGGGAGGAAGUCCGGCCCCUGGCUCGGCUCUUCUCAGCAACCCCCCUCCCGCGGGUCAACCCUGCGCCGCGUCGACUGCCUCGACUUCCUUCUCGGGGUCUUCUGCGUCGGCUUCGUCCUCGGCUGGCGGGGAGCGGUCUGGGCCGGGGCCCCUUCUCUCCUUCUUCGCUCCGAUCCGCUUGAAAGGCGCCCCGAGGCGAGACGCCCCGGGCGACGCGUUUGGUGAAGGCUGGGCCACGCAGACGACAUCGCAGGGCUGUCCGCUGUUCACGCCAGACACGCUCGCCAUCAACGACGCCGUCGGACUGGCCGUCGGGGUGGACGAGAGGCUCUACGUGUUCCACUGCGGAGUCCGCCCGCCCGUGGUCUCCCCUGCAGUCCCUCUCUGUGCGUCCGCUGCGGAUGCGCCUUCUUCUGGACUCUCGCCUCAGCUUCAGGCUUCGUCCAGUUCGGCUCACGAUGGGGGGCGCAGCCGGACGCCUGCGUCGCCUUGCCCCCGCAAGGCCCUGCCGCUCGAGCCUCUGUGUCUCUCUGGGCCUUGGGCGGCGGGGGCCCCACCUGGAGGCGUGCGCCAGCUGUGUCUGUCUUCGUCGCGAAUCUUCCUGCUCACCGCGGACGGGCUUCUGUACUCCGCGCCGAUUCCCUCGAACCUCUCCUCGAGAGCCAAGUGCGACGGGGUAGGCCACGAGGAUGAUCGCGCGCGCCGCGACGACCUGACGCCGUUGCUCCUUCCUCGCAACAGGAAACUGAGUAACGCAGAAAGCACGGCGACUCCGUUGUUUAUCUACGCCUCCUUUUCGCCGGCUGCGUCGAUGCCGCCUGAGUCGCCGCCGAGCCAGUGCCUUCGCCUGCCCCCGGCAGCGCGACCGGCCUCGGGGCCGGGGGAUAAAUCGCAGCGUGGCGCUUGGCGAGGACCCUCCGGAGCUUGUCCCGUGUCUCCUGCGUGGUGCCCUCUCUACGGAGACAGGCCCGCGAGCCGCGCGGCAUCCGCGCCAGGGGGCGACGACCCCCCCGGUGGGCACCCCGGGGCGGCGCGUGGCUUUGACGGCUGGGACUUGCUCCCGCAGAGCGCCCGCCACGCGGAAGCAAAUGCUGCUGUGGGCGUGCCUCUCUGGUUUUCCCCCGUUCGACAUCUCACCAGUAUCGCUGCCUUCAGCUGCAGCGAGACGCACUCGGCGGCGAUUGUUGAGAUUCACUCGCCCCAAUUCCGGCCGCACACUAAACCCUCAACAGCUCCCCACUCGGGGCUACCGGCACGCCAGACCCUGGCCAGCGUAUCAUCUGCGUUCGCCACGGCGUGUGAAUCGCUGCCCUUGGGUUGUCCUGCGACCUUGCGUCCCUCGCCUCCCGUCUGCCCUUCGCUCUCGUUCUGCGCGGCAAAGGCGCUCCUGCGGCCUCGGCCUCCUUUUCCGCCUCCCGUCGAGCUCGUGGUCGAGGUGAUUAUCCCCCUGGCGGUCGCGACAGGCGCCAAGAGCCUCUUUGACUUUUGCUGUCUCUUUCUCGUCUACAAUCUGCCGCUUGUGCUUCUCGCCUGUCACGCACCGGCUUCGUCGCCGUCCGCCUCCGCUGCCCACGCCCUGCGCGGCGCGGACUUGAGGACUGUGUUCGAGACGCUCGGGUCUAUUCGACAGCAGCGCAGGUGCUUUGCGUCGCAGGCGUCCACCUCGGCGACCUCACCGGCAGACACCCCCACCGGGCCCGGAGAGGCGUAUCUCCUGGCGGCGGCCGGGAUGCAGUACGUACUCAGGUGCUUCAAGAGCGCGGUCGCCACAGCGUACUUGGGGCAGGCCUCUGAGGCCCUGAACCCUCCGCGCAGCCCACAGCGCCUCGACGACGACGCACCCGACGAUGAGUGGCUCCAUGUCGAGCAUGACGACGCGCCUCCUCGCACGCAAAGGCAUCUCGCUGCGUCGCAGCUUGAAGCUGUCUCCUAUGCGUCUUCGGGAGGCCAUGGGCUUUCCCGGUUGUGGUGGCAGAGCGGCGGCGGCGCCGCAGACGGAGGCGGGGCGGAGUUCGACAUUCGAGGGCAAGCCCGCCGCGCACCGCCUUCGUCAUCUUCACGGGUCCGCGAGUCUUGGCUGAGCCUGCGGGAGCCCCACGAGGGAAGCGCGGCCCGUGUCGCCUCGCCUCAUGGAGGCCUCGUGUCAGGCCCGCAUGCUGGGGACGCAGUGCGCCCUCCAGUGGAUUCUGCGAGGUCGAUGAGCGACCUCGAAAGACGGGGCUCGCAGCCGCCGCAGGCGGAUGCGGGUCUGCGCGUUGUGAGUGGAGACGACGAGUGGCUGCUGGACACGACAGGCAUCCCCUCGUGGGUGCUGGCGUACGCCCAGUGCACACGUCCCGCGCGGCAUGCAGUAGCUGCAGCAAACCGGGAGACGACCGGUCGACAGAGCGAGACGCGAAAGUGCUCAGCUGCGGGAGAGGUGAGCGCAGCCGCGGAGGACCAGAGAAGCGAGCAACGACCCGAGAGAUGCGACCAAGAGGAAGAGGUCUCCUGCCGAGGCCCCGGGGAGCCCAAUCCUGAAGGCACCUCCGCGGGAGCCGGCGACGCGCAGAGUACGGUUGACGAAAGGCCCUGUAAACCCGCUUCGCGGCCGAGCAAGGAAAGCGAUGCCGGCGGCGUCGAAGCGGCUUCCACCGGGACCGCUGGAGCUUCCUCAUCCGCAAAUUGUGGCUCCUUUCAAAGACCGUCCGUGGCGCCAGGCCUUCGCUUGAUCUCUUCUUCCUCCUGCCUGUCAGAUGCUUCCUCUGCGCAGCUUCGCAGACAUGCAGACGACGCGUGGAGAGCCGAAGGCCGCGAGGCGCUCGCGUUGUGGAUCGAGCUGCUUGGCGCCCGCUGCGACGCGUCUGAGUGUCUGGCUGGACAGCUCUGCGCCGCUGCGAGGGCCUUGGCUGCAGUUCUGCAGGCGCCGCUUCCCUUCCUGCGAGACGAGUCGAGGAGCGCCGCAACUCCGCAGACCUCGGAGUUGCGCGCAAGCCAUCCGGGCGAGCCCGCGGCGGAGGCGGUGAGGCCUGGCGCAGCGGAGUCGCUCUCGUCGUGGGGCGGACUGUCUCCGCUUGCGUCUGGUGGCCCCGAAGACGAGUCUUUGCCCCCGAUUCUCUUGCGCCUGCCGCGGCGGCCGAGCGACCUCCUGGGGCCCGAGGGCGGGGCCAUUCAGGAGCGUUCGUACCUCAUCGACCGUUGGUCGGGUGCCUUCUGGACGGAUCCACCCGGUGAGCAAGAGGAUGCGCGCGGGCAAGGGGAGGCGUGGCAGGACGACAGCGCUGCCCAGGGUGCAGCGGCCCCGACGACCCAGGCAAAGCCAGAGCAAGCGUCCUCACGGGUGGCUGACGGCGCCCGCAGGGAUGCGCAGGGCGGCGGCAGCCAGCGCCAGGAUCCCCACGAGAGCCCACAAGGGGCGGACGAGAGUUUGGAUCGUCAAGGCGGGCACCAAGGCGACGGGCGGAGCGUAGGGCACGUCGAUGCAAGCGAGACUUGUCCGCCAUCGCAUCGGCAGAAAGAGCUCGGGACCCACGCCCUGGCGCAAAGCGCAAGUCCCUCAAGCGUGCAUCCACUAGACCAUCGGCACGCGACGGAGGACGCAGGAACGAAGGCCUGUGAAGCGAACGAGGCGUCCCCUGCGACGCAGGAGACAUGGUCGCGCCCGCUCGUGAGUGCGGCGCGCGACAUGAGCACGGAGAAGUUGGAGACGGGACAGAAAGCGCGUGGGAUGUCCCCCGGAAAGCUCAGCAGGCAGACAUCCGGCCGGAGGAACCAGGAGUCGGUUGACAGGCCCAACAGUGGCGUGCAACGCUCACCCGCAUUUUCGUCUCAGUCUUCGCGUCACGUUCUACCUCGCCCGUCGUCCUCUCCUUCUGCCUCGUUCGCUUCCCCGCCGCAUGCAACGGAAGAUUUCCCGUCGUUGUCUUCGGCUGUCUGCAUCCGGCGACCGCCAGCGAGCCCCGCGGUCUCAGCUGCAGUAGCGCCCCGCGGGUUUCCGCUGCCCCCGCGUGCGGCGGACGACCGACUUGGCGCCUCGCUGGACGCGAGGCAGGCGCCGGGCGAAGGAGGCGUCCGGUCCACGAGAGACGCUCCCGAAGCGCCUGCGAGGAGGGAGACACCGGCCGCCCAGCACCGCGGGGAUGCCGACGGAAGCGAGGGGCUGGAUGCCGACGCCGUGGCGAUGGACGAGGAGCUCUGGCAGCAUGUGGAGGCGAGGCGAGGCAACCGGCAGGCGCGCAGGGGAUCUUUUGGGCAGACAAACAUCGACAGGUGCGCCGACGCGGCAAACAGAAGGCACGUCGUUCCAGGCCUGCCGUCACCGGCUGUCACGCAUGCAGAGUCGCCUCAGCAACCCUCAUUUGUCUCGUCAUCGUCGCGAGCUUCGCAGGGCCGUGGGGGGUGGAGUGAAGCCAGGAUGAGCGAGGCCCACCAGAGCAGGUUGCGGCUCCCGAGGCCUGCGAGGCCGCCCCCGUCGCUCACGGCGGAAUGCCGGCAGCCGCAGGCCGCCGACAGCGCGUCUGUUGUUCGCCGGGGACGAGGAGAGACUGAGAGAAACGCGUCGGGAGGGGGAGAGCCCCUCACUGUCCCGAGAGGCAUCGCGCUAGAGGACUUCCUGGUUGCCUCCUCGUCAGGCCAGAAAAGGAAGAAGAAUUCGAGGGGCGGCGAGCGCCUCGAUAAACUCUCGCGAGAUGUUUUCGACUCGAAAAAAUCCGCGCAGCCUGCGUGGCAGAAUAGGGAAGCCGAAUCCGCGCAGCAACCGGAUCAGGCUGCGAACGGCUCUCUAGGUGUGAAACGCGUUGCCGAUCUGGCAGAAAUCAUGCGAGAAGAAGAAGCGCUUCGGCAGGAGCGCGAGCGAAAGCUCCAGCUUCGGCAUUCUCAAGAACGGGCGCAGCAUCCCUCGUCCGUGGUGCGCACCGCGGGUCCUCCCUCCGUCGUUAUCGUCGCGCGUCCGCAGACAGGCGCGGGGCAGGCCGCUGCAGGAGCAGCGACCGUCUCGGCGGGCGCCAGGCUCCGCGAGGCGCCCACGGGGCUAGUCGCCUCCCGGCUGCCCCGCGCGGACGCGGCGUCGUUCAAUCGGUGGGGUCGCGAAGCGGCUCUGCGGGCUCAGGGGGAAGAGGGAUUCGGAGCCCCGGACUUGGCAGUGAUCCAGUGGGAGCAGUUCGCCGAGAAGGAGGAAGACUUGGCCAGGCGCCGAGAGGAGGCAGAGCUUCAGGAGGCGCUGCGGCUGGUGCGGGAGAUGGAGGAGCGCGAGCGACGAGAAGUAGAGAAGUUCCAACGCGAAGUUCGGCCAGCAGCGGCCAUGGAGAAGCGGAGACAGCAGGAAGAGGGGCAACUGGAACUGGGGUCUAACGCGAGCUCAGGCUGGCCAAAUGCGUCGAAUCCGCCUCGCGCAGAGGAGAGAGUGCAGCCUCCCCGUGGCAGUGGGGGGCGUGGCGCUACGGCGUCGCAGCCAGGAGGCCACGCUCGCCGCGGACGGCGAUCGGUUCACAGAAACAGCGUCGGCCCGCCGCAGCGGCGGGAGCCCGCUCGAUGA